UGCUGAUUGGCUCCUCAAGAGUAAACCCUGCAUUUCGUAACAUUUAGCUCCCGAAGCUUUUCCACUGCCGACUGUGCUCCUUCUCUCACUCAGACUCCCUGCACACUCUGAGGGCUGCACACUCUUCGAAAUUUGCACUGCUUCCAACUUCUAACACAACUGUAAAGUGAUUAUCGACUGUGCAUUGGACUGGUAUUAGUGGGAACAUGACUGCGUCAGCGGGGAUCGUCAUCACAUUGCUGUGUUUCUGUUCACUCCCUCCUGCUUUUGGACAGGACUGUCCCAGUAGGCAGGAAAUACAAGGUUCUCUGAAGCAGGUCCUGAAGCUUCUGUCAGCCCAUGAAGCCUCUUAUCUGCAGAGUCUUCGCAACCUGAAGAAGAAAAUUAAUUUACUCCAGAGCAGCGCAGGGAAGCAGACCACAAAGGCCACCAACAGUACCUGUCAAAAACUGGACACACUCGUCAAUGGUAGGAAACUUGGCAAGUCACAAAGCGUGGGCCACGAGGUUCACUUUCUGUGUGACCCUGGCUUUGAACUUGUUGGAUCAGAGACCAGAGUUUGUCAGGAAAGCCUGUCCUGGAGUGGCCAGCAACCUUCCUGCCAUGACAUCAAUGAGUGCGCAUCCUCUCCCUGUCUCAACGGUGGGACGUGUGUGGAUGAGGUGAACCAGUUUUCUUGUGUCUGUGCCAAAGGCUGGGCUGGAGUUACCUGUCAAAGCCCUGUGCCAACAUUCUUUGUCACCAUGACAAACACCUCUGCCGCCUCCUCCCCAGCCACCGCUGCUGCUGCUGCCACCCUACCAGCUGCCACCACGGGACCCUUUGUCCGUCCUUCACGUUGCAGUAUAGUGCAGGGGACCACCCACUGCACCUGUGAGCCAGGAUUCACCAUUUCUGGAAGAGACACCAAUAUCUGCACCGAUAUAGAUGAAUGUGAGCUGUUCCAUAAUGGACAGGCCGGGAGACUGUGUUUACAUGGUUGUAUCAACACCCCUGGAGGCUAUCGCUGCUCCUGUCCUGCUGGGUACAACGUGACACGCGAUGGACGCAGCUGUAAAGAUAUUGAUGAGUGUGGCACCAGACAAAACGACUGCACAAAGGACCAGAUGUGCAUUAAUACGUACGGUGGUUUCCAGUGUGUUCGUGUGGAAUGCCCCAAAAUCCCUAACGCUACAUAUGUCAAGACGUCACCGAUGCGCUGUGAACGUAACCCCUGCCCUGUGGACAACAAGGCGUGCGCUCAAACCCCAAACUCCUUCUCCUACCACUACCUGGCAGUUGUGUCCAACCUGUCAGCUCCCCGCGUCAUGUUCAGAGUCUCAGCUUUGCGCCCGAUCGGCGACACGCUUCGCUUCUCCCUGCUAGGGGGAAGGCAGGCCCGCCGCCACUUCACAGUGCAGCGCUCAGACCGCCUGACGGGCCAGCUGAUGCUGGUGAGCCCCGUGCAGGGCCCUGCCACUCUGGAGGCUGAAGUGGAGAUGAGUGAGCUGGAGAGGCGAGUCCAGCUGGGGAGGUACAUCACCAAAAUCACCAUGUUUGUUUCCCAGUAUGAGUUCUAAAAAGAACGCAAGUAUUUCGCAAAGAUGAUGAUUAUAGAAGGUUUGAAACAGUAAAGAAGCACUAAGCUGGGCCAGUCAAAGAGGAAGACAAAUACGCUCUAAAAUGAAGAUCUAUUUUUGUAAAUGCUAUCUUGAUAUUUCUGGUAUGUAUACUGCACAUACAUCAUGAUGUGUGAAGAUUUUGUAAUCAUCUUUACUAUCUACUAUGUUUUAUUUAUAUUCUGGUGUGUGUACUAUUUUGGUAGUAGAAUUAGAUCCACCUUGACUCCAGUACGGUCAUUAAAUGUCAUGUAAACCAUUAAAA